AUGAAUUCCUCUUCCUCCUACAAGCAAGCCACCUCUCCUUGUUCUACUCUUCCCAAAUCACCUGGCUCAACCUUUGAACGAAAAACCUAUGCCACCCACCAUGCAACAUAUGAAGGGAGCUCCAGUGCAAAUUCAUCUCCGGAGAUUCCAAGAAAAGAUUUUGGUUCCUCUGCUACCAGGGGGAGAAGCCAAACCCGAGAGAGUGAAAUCCGAGUGAGGCUGCAGAGUGCUUCUCCAUCAACCAGGUGGACAGAACUAGAUGAUGUUAAGCGACUGCUUCGAGGAAGUCGGUCUGCUAGUGCCAGCCCAACACGGUCUUCAUCCAACACUCUCCCUAUACCUAAGAAAGCUGUUGUGGAAACCAAGAUGGUGACAGAGAGCACUCAGUCAGUGUCAGGGACGUACGACACAACCAUCUUGAAUGCUGCCCUCCCACCGUACAUGUGGUCCUCCACCCUGCCUGCAGGGUCAUCUCUCGGCGGCUACCACAACAACAUGACCCAAAGUUCAUCUUUGAUCAACACAGCAGCCCACUCUACUGGAUCAGUGUUCGGAGUUACAAACAACUUGGCACCCAGCAACCCCAGUCUCAAUGCUGGUCUCAGUACUUCUUCUACAGUAUUUGGGGUUCAAAACAACCUGGCCCCAGCUACUCUUGGUGUUGGCAACAAUGUAAACACAGCCUCUACAGCAUAUGGAGUAAAGAAAAAUACUAUGCAGAGCUCUGGUGUGACCAGCACUGGAGUGUCUACCUCAUCUACAACUGCAGCCGCCACCACAGGAUCUCAGCAUGAUGACUUCCUGCGCAAAGACUGCAAGUUCCUGCUCCUAGAGAAAGAGAAUGUCACUCCCAAAAAAGAGAUGGAGCUGUUGAUCAUGACCAAGGACAAUGGGAAAGUUUUCAGUGCAUCCAGCGCUGGGCUCAGCGGAGGCUGUUAUACUGAAGACACCCUAAAGAAAGACAAGCAGGCCAAUGCUGCUUAUACUGGAGAUUCCUACCUGAAAUCAGAAUCAAACGGAGGACUAAAAUCUGUUUCUACAAAGGACAAAGCCACCUAUGCAGAAGUUCGAGGUGAUGAUGGAUGUGGUGGGGCAGCGGAGGAAGUGAGGAGGCUAAGAUCCCGUGUGGAGAACCUUGAAUCCCAAGGCAGCUUCCAGUACUUUAACAAUGAGAAAGAUGUCCAAGGGGGGACAUAUAGCAGACUUGAAGCAGGACCAAAUGAUCUGAAUGAAGAGAAGCUGUGGGCGUUAAUGAAGUACAGGCUAGAUAAGGAGAUAAAUAAAGGUUAUUUGCAAGGACAAAAAGGAGAGCAAGGGUUCCCUGGCAUACCAGGUCCUCCAGGUCCGAAAGGUCACCCUGGACCUGAUGGACAGAAGGGCAGCAAGGGUCCUGUUGGAGAACCAGGACCUCCAGGCCCACCAGGUAUCCCGGGUCUUAAAGGUCCUUCUGGAAUGCAAGGAUUCAGAGGUGAACCAGGUAGCCCAGGUGUUAAAGCACUGAUGAAGCUGGCAGUGGUGGGCUAUGGGCUGAUGAGCAUCAGUUCUGAGAGAGGAACAGGUCAGGAGCCUCUGUGGCAGAGAGUGGGAGCCCUGGGCCAGUGGCAUGUUCACCUUUCCUCUUUCUCUUCCCCUUGA